AUGCCGCAGUACCUCGCCAUGAGAUUUGGUGGAAAUCGAUUGCGGAUCUAUUACGCAGUGUUGAGUCUUAUUCUCUACGUGUUGACAAGGUGUUCGACAAAUCUUUACACUGGUGCGUUGUUCAUCCAGCAAGCUCUCAACUGGGACCUGUAUGUCAGCAUUGUGCUCCUCAUCGUCAUCACUGCCGUCCUUACAUUUACAGGUGGUCUGACAGCGGUCAUCUACACAGACACACUGCAGGCUACAGUGAUGAUUGGAGGGGCCCUUUACCUCAUGGGAGCAGGGUUCUAUGAAAUCGGUGGGUUCUCGGGGCUACUUGAGAAGUAUCCCCAGGCAGUUCCAACCAACGUCAGUGCCAUUGUGCCCGGUACCGCCUGUCACCACCCCGACAAGCAGGCGUUCCGUAUGUUACGGGGGGCAGGGGAUGACUACAUGCCAUGGCUCGGCUUCCUCCUCGGACAAACGCCAGGAUCCAUCUGGUACUGGUGUACCGACCAGGUGCUCGUUCAGCGCGCCCUGGCGGCUAAGAGUUUAUCGCAUGCUCAAGGGGCAACACUAAUGGCUGGCUUCAUCAAGAUACUUCCUCUGUUCUUAAUGGUGUUUCCGGGGAUGAUCAGUAGAAUCUUGUAUCCAGAUGAUAUUGCUUGCACCAACCCUGACUAUUGUAUGUCUGUGUGUCAGAGCAAAGCAGGUUGUUCCAACAUCGCUUACCCUAGACUGGUCUUGGGGCUUAUGCCUAAUGGUGCCCGAGGGCUGAUGAUGGCUGUUAUUAUAGCAGCCCUCAUGAGUGACCUUGAUUCUAUCUUCAACAGCGCUAGUACGCUGUUCACCAUUGACAUAUGGAAGCGGAUCAGAAAGGCGGCAUCAGUUACGGAACAGAUGCUAGUUGGCAGGGUGUUUAUUGUGAUAAUGGUUGCGGUAUCUAUAACAUGGGUACCCGUGAUUAAGGAAACCCAGAGAGGUCAGCUGUUCGUCUACCUCAGGGAGAUAACCAACUACUUCACCCCACCCUUCGCUGCUGUGUUUCUUCUGGCUGUGCUGGUUCCCAGAGUCAAUGAAAAGGGAGUGUUCUGGUCUCUGAUGUACGCCUUCCUGGUCGGGGUGGUGCGUCUGUUCCUGGUCCUGUCCUUCCAGGGAGAAGGCUACUGUGGAGCGCCAUCUACCUCCAUAAUGCCGGCACUUGUGAGGAACAUGCACUACAUGUACUUCGCCCUGUUCCUCUUCCUGUCCACUGGUCUGAUAGCCCUUGUCAUCAGUUAUGUGACACCGCCUCCACCAGAGAAUUGCUUGCGGAACACAACCCUGUGGAGUUACCUCAACAAAUGCAAAGCGUACGCCGACGGUAGUCAGGGCAUUAAUGUUGACCAGGAGAUGAUCAACGCCGCUGGCUGCCACGAAGCUAAUUCCAUAACGCCACAUGACAAUACUGCUCCCCUGGCGACUGCCGAGAAUGACAUGGUAGAGACGUGUGGCGACCUGCUUCCCGUAGAAACAACAGCCCCUCAGAGUAUUGCCAGGAGAGUGUUCAACUAUGUGUUGGGAAUAGGCAAACUCCAGGAAAACAUGGAAAAUGACGAGGCGUCACGGGAUCACAUGUUUGUCCUUGCUGCGCUCACACAGACCAGGGUAGAGAAAAUAAUAUUGACCAUAGGCCUUCUGAGCAUCCUCUCCAUUGGAGUGGCCAUGUACGUUUUCUGGUCCGUUUAUAAGUUCGACACGAAGCCAUUCUAUCCCGAAGGUGCCGAGCAUAUUCUACCUGGGGAUGAACAGUUUCUUCACAAUAUAAAUCACACCACCACGUGCAUAUCGGAUGCAGUCCUCAGAAACAGGACUCGGCCAUAGUGUCAGCAAAUGUGCGCGCGUGCGUGCGUGCGUGCGUGACUGUUUUGGUUGGUUAUUUGGUUGUUUAACGCCUCACUCAGCUUUGUGAAGUGCAAUGCUUUGACAUGAUCAAUUCGCUAUGAUCAACAGAGUUAUCUCCCUUUGAAAUCAUCGCGUGGCAAAGGAAACAUUGAUCGCUACGGAUUGCGCAAUUCAUUUUGCUUGAUAAUAUUCUAAAACUUAAAGCCGCAUUGGAUUUGAUUCUUCACUGUACAAUUCAUUAUCAAUAAAUGACCGAUUUGAUUAAUAUGGUAACAUGCAACGUGAAGAACAGCCGUGCAAUACCAGUAUUGAUCGUAAUAUGGCGAAUGUGACAUGCAAAUUACCUACACCCUUUUUUGGCAUUUCUUCUCCGUACUGGAUAUAAGUAAAGGAGCUGUCUAUGUUUCUUCGAGGUCCGGAGGGGCUGGGCAAAACAAUCAAUUUCCGACACACUCCCCAUCCUCAUUCACUAGACCUUUUCUUCCUCUUAUUGUGUUCAACUAUUUGCGUUUUGCCCAAAAGAAGGGGCAUGGAUUUUAUUAAAUAUUAUAUUUUAUGCUCAGGUUUUAACUAACAGAAAGAAUUAUACGUCAGUGGCGUAGCUUCUAUCUGGUACAAAAAGCAAUUGUUCACACUUUGAAAUCGUUACAAAAAGAUCUAGUCCAAGUUUUAAAAGAAUGUACUGCAGUGUGUUCUACUUUCAGUUGUUUGUUAUCGUUGUUCUACUUUCAGUUGUUUGUUAUAGUUGUUCUACUUUCAGUUGUUUGUUAUAGUUGUUCUACCUUCAGUUGUUUGUUAUAGUUACAAGAAUGUACAGGUUGACUCUGAUACCAGAGUGAAAAAUGUCGUUGAUGAGUGGUUCGAUGUUGUUGUGUUUGCUACAGUUCUUAAGGGAAGCGGGAUAAGUGUUUAAAACAAUUGUACUUCAACAUGAUUGCUUACAUUUUAUUUUUCCAAAGCUACACCCCUGAUCGUUGGAUCUUUGUGCUCAUAAAACAAAUGUUGUAAAAACUUGUGUGUACGGUUUCUACUUUCCUUGAAAAAAUAGAUUGCCUUCUCUGAAGCAGUAGCCCCCCC